UCUCAAUAAUAUCUUUAUAAAGCAUUCUACCCAUGUUGUACCAUUUCACUGCUAUAUCCUGAAGCAAUUCAUCGGAUUUUUUUUACAACCCACGAUCUAGUUUUCUGCUGCCGAGAAUCCGAAUCACAGACAACACAUCAGCGCUUCAACAGCCAACCUCAAUCAAUAAUCCCAGCAACUAGCUACAUCAUCCACCUCAAGCUCGAGAAGAACACCUUCAAGAAACUAGCCAAAGGGCAAACCGCGGCCAACAUGCCCGCGCCAUCCUUAGUCGAUUCUUGUACUAAAGCAUGUAUCAAGAAUAUCCGCAGUCUCAUAGACGUCGGGUCCUUCGAAUACUGGCAAAUAAAAACCGUUCUCCAACGAGUCGAGUCUCCUGAACAACUCCAUCAAAUUGAACUCAACUCACCGCAACUUCUCGGCGAAGACGCAGAGCUAUGGCAAUCCUUCAUCUCCCGUCAUAUCCCAAACUGGCGCACGAAGAACUACAAGCCCAAGAACCCCAAGAAAUGGUACGAGGUGUACUGCAAGUAUAAGAAGGAGCAGCAGGAGGAGAUUGCCCGCGAUGAGGAAAUUCUAAGAGCUAGCAUGAUGGGCUUGAAGGCCGCAAGAGAGACGAACGUUUCGAAGAUCGUUGAUUUGAAGAUGCUCCCUAAACUGCCGAGGGACCCUCGUAUGAUUGCAAACAACGGCGGUGUACCGAUCAAGAAGGGAUUCAGAAAGGAGGCUCCCGCGACUUUGAACUGGACUUCGGGAAGCAAGACGAAAAUGACGGACGGAAAGAGUGUACUUACACGGGCACGCCGGGAAGCCAAAGAGAUCAGCCAGAUGGGCAGGUUGGCGAAACCUACGCAUCGCUUGUCUGGAGCUUUGGGACAGGUUCGCAAAGCUCCCGAGGGAAUGGUGAAGGAGUACAAGACGGCUUCUCAACCCGCCAUCAAGAUCUUAUCGAGGAAGAAACAGCCCCAGACUCUGGCAAGCUUCAGCGGUGGAGUCACAGGCCCAUCAUUAGAAGAAAGAGAAAGGCGACUCAGAGCAGCAAUGGCUGGAGGCUCUGGAUCGAAGCGCGAUGCUUCAGGCAAUGUGAAGCACACAUACGUCGGCUCCUCAGACGACGACCUCGACGACUUUAUCGAAAACGACGAAGAAAUAGACGACCUAUUCGAUGAAGCACCCAAACCCAAAUCUAGACCCGUCUCCUCAUCCACAGCUUCAAGACCACCUCCAUCCCGACCCGUAACAUCACGACCAUCCCAACAAUCCUCAUCACCUCCAGCACCAUCCUCACGGCCUAAGCCCAAACCCUCGGAUGUGAUCAGCUCUCUGAUAUCUAAGCCGAGACCCGGAGGUGCUUCUUCUCCACCUCCAUCCCGUGGGAGAGCUUCGUCGCCUCCAAAGACAGGAACGGGCCAAAGACCUAUGGCGCCGAAGAGAAAGGAGGUAGAUAUUUUCAAUCGCGGGCCUAAAAAGCGGAGAAUUGGAUGAAGGUUGUACAAAUGGGCAGGAACUAUUUCUUUACGAAGCAUUUUGGAAGGAGCAAGUCUUUUUGGCAGUAUCAGCAAGGCGUUGGGAAUACAGCAUGGUAGGAGUCUUGAGUUUUGGGAACGGAAAGGAGAUAGUGUGUCAGUCAAAUUAUGAAAGUCCCAUAUUUAGAAGAUUGCGGAAU